AUGGCGUCUCCCGCUGUCAAUGCGGCAACCCCGCAGGCCGUCAUGGCCCACGUCCGCAAGCUCAGCGACGCCGAUCCAGACUUUCGAUUCAUGUCCCUCAACGACCUGCUUCAGCUCUUGACCCACUCCAAGCCCGACUUUCUACAUCAUGAAUACAACAUCGCCGCCCGCGCCGUCGAUAGCAUCGUCAAGACGCUCGACGAUCAGAACAGCGAGGUCCAGAACUUGGCCAUCAAGUGCCUAGGGCCCCUCGUCGGCAAAGUGCCCGCGUCCAUCCUACCGCCCAUGAUCGAUAAGCUGUCGUCGCUCAAGCUAAAGAACUCGGUCGACAAUACCGUUCCGUCGCUCGCCCUCCGGUCCGUCAUCACCGCUCUCCCCCGUCCCGUCCCUGGCCUGCCCGUUACCGCCGAUGUCAAGCACGCCUACGAAGCCAUCCAGCGGGUUCUCAUUCCACGCCUCAUCGGGCCCGGCCCCACGACGCGAGUGCCCGACACCAGCGUCCCUCUUCCUCCCGUUCCAACGGGUCUCCUGCAGGACGAGGACAGUAUCAAUGCAGAGGCUGUCGACGUCCUCAUCGAGCUGGUCCGCUGCUUCGGCCCCCUGCUCCAGUCGGUCGAGGUCGAGGCCACUCUGCACGUCGUCAUGCAGCUGCUCGAUAGCGAUAGGGGAACGUCGGUGGUCAAGAAGCGCGCAGUCGUCGCCAUCUCCAUGCUCGCCGUCUACUUGGCCGACGAGCAGCUUGAUGUUGUCGUCCAAAGGCUCACCUCGGGCCUCUCUCAAGCUGGCACCAACCCCGUCACCCGGCGACUGUAUAUAUCAAUCCUGGGCAGCAUGGCCAGGUCCAUCCCUCCGCGUUUCGGUCCUCACCUGCCCAAGGCCGCUCCUUUUGUGCUGCAAGCAUUGUCCGAGGUGGAACUCCAGGAGCACAUGGACAGGCUCAGCGAGGGCGAGGAUCCGACCCAAGAUUUCAACGAGGUCCGAGAAGCAGCAUUGGUUACCCUAGAAGCCUUUCUGGCAUCCUGCCCCCAGGAGAUGCGGCAGUUUACCGACGAGACCAUCGCUUCGUCGCUUCGAUACAUGAAGUACGACCCAAACUACGCCAUCGAUGGCGACGAUGAAAUGGAAAUGGAUGAUGACAAUGAAGACGCCGACGAGGAAGACGACUUCGACGACGACGAUGGGUUCGACGACGACGACGACGACGCGAGCUGGAAGGUCCGGCGUUGCGCCGUCAAGGCGCUGUACACUCUCAUCGCCACCCGGGGCAGCGGAGACCUGCUGGACAACGGGGUUCUAUAUGACCAGGCGGCGCCGGUUCUUAUCAAGCGCAUUGAUGAGAGGGAGGAGAAUGUGCGUCUCGAGGUUAUCUCGGCCUUGUCCCUUCUUAUUCGCAAGACGGGCGAGGGUCUUCAUAUGACAGACCUGGGCCUGGACGAUCUGGAGCCCGAAGCAGCCGGUCAAAUGCCCCUCAGUCGCAAGAGAAGGAGGCAGAGCAGCGGCGGCAGCGCCAAUGCCUCACGGUUCAUGGCCGGCCUCACAUCCCCGGUGCUAGAGAAAACCCCGUCCACCGGCCCCCAAGCCGACCUUUCGCGCCUCAUACCGACCAUUGUCAAGGCCUGCACCAAGCAGCUCAAGGGCAAGACGGUGCCGACGAAGCAGUCCAUUAUCAAACUGCUCGACGACUUGGUAUCGGUGCAGCGCGGUGGCCUAUCCGACUUCUUCCCCGACAUUGUGGGCCCAGUAACGGAAGAAGCAAAGGCCAAGGCCUCUGGCGCUGUGUCAUCCUCGCUGGCUGCGGCCGGCGGCUCCGCCUCGGCGACUCCGAGCACCCUGCGCGUCGCCGCAUUACGACUCAUCAGCGACGUUUGCAAGACUCACUCGUCAGCCCUGUUGCAGCCAUACCUGUCCAAGAUAGUCGCCGCCGUCACAUCGGCGGUCCACGAUCGGUUCUACAAGAUUUCGAGCGAGGCCAUUCGCACUGCCGAGGAGCUUGUUAAGACCAUAACUCCUCCGCGUUCGCGAAACGCCGGCGCCAAGUACAAGGAUGAGUUGGGCAACCUGUACGACGUCAUUAUGGAUCGGGGCUUGGCCAACGACGCCGACGCCGAGGUGCGCCAGCGCGCGAUCCAUGCGCUCGGCGUCCUUGUGUCGAGAACCUCUACCGCCGAGGGCACUCUCUUGCUAUUCCCUGAGAAGCGCAAGUUCGCGCUCGAUGUGCUCCGAGACAGGUUGAAGAACGAGACGACUCGACUCGCCGCGGUGCGGGCCGUGGACAACGUGGCUGCCUUUGCCACCACCCCCGGCCAACUCGACAAGGACUGGAUCCAGAACGUGGCCCUGGAGCUCUGCGCACAGCUCCGCAAGGCGAACCGAUCCCUGCGCGGCUCGAGCGUCACGGCACUCAAGCACCUGGUCCUUUGCAAUGCGGCCAAGGACCAGCUCGAUCCUUCGACCGUCGAGGGCAUCGUCUCUGCCUUGAUGCCCGCCAUCACGAAUAGCGAUACUCACCUGCUCGGCCCAGCCCUGCUCAUCUUAGCCAAGACGGUGCAGGGCAAUCCGGGCCUGGUGAUCAACACGGACAUGAUUGCCGCUCUUUGCCAGCUUCUCAAGUCGCACUUUGCAAACAUUGUUCUGGAGCAGCUGCUUGAGCUGAUGAGCAAGGUCGGCCAGAGCGGUGCUACCGGGGAGCUGAUGCGAGGGCUUCUCACAGACGUCAGCAUCUCUGGGGAUCCCUCUGUCGUGGGCAAGGUGAUUGGUACGCUGCUCGUCACCGGGGGUGACUCCACGGGCGUCUCGCUGGAUAGCUUCAUCUCGGAGCUGCAGACGAGCGCCGAGUCCAAAGACGAUGCUCGCGUGAGCCUCGCACUCGCGGUGCUGGGAGAGGCUGGCAUGAGGCUGGGUUCGAAGUCGCCUCUAAAGCCCGACCUCUUCCUAGAGCAGUUCCACUCGGAGCCGGACAAGGUGUCGCUGGCUGCCGCCAUCGCUCUCGGCCGGGCCGGUUCUGGCAACGCCCCGCAGUUUCUGCCUGUGAUCCUCAAGACGAUGCAAAAGGGGGGGAACACUCAAUACCUGCUCAUUCAGUCCAUCAAAGAGAUAUUGCAAUCCAUCUCGGUGCAGUCUGCUGAACUGAGAGACUAUGCCAUUCCAAUCUGGGACGAGCUGUUGGAGGCGUCGGAAAACGCCGACAAUCGAGUCGUCUGCGCCGAGUGUGUCGGGCGCCUGGUCAUUCUGGACCCGGCCGCGUUUAUGCCGAAACUCGAGACGCUUCUCAGGGACAAGUCGUCGGGCAUACGAGGCAUGGCCGUCCAGGCCGUUCGAUAUACGCUCCCGGAGAGCGAGGACACGUUCGACGCGGUGCUGAAAACCACCCUCAUCAACAUGCUGCUGGUCAUGCUGCAGGACUCGGACAUGGAGAUUCGACGCCUGGCCAUGUCGACGCUCAACUCUGCUGCACAUAACAAGCCAGAUCUCAUCCUGCCUCACCUGGGCGAGCUCGUGCCGUUUGUCUUGAGCGAGUCGGUAGUCAAGCCAGAGCUCGUCAAGGAAGUCAUGUUGGGGCCUUUCAAGCACACGGUUGAUGAUGGACUCGAGGUUCGAAAGAGCGCGUACGAGACCCUUUACGCCUUGAUGGAGACGGCAUUUACCCGCAUGAACAACAUUGACUUUUACGACCGCGUCGUAGCGGGACUCAAGGACGACAACGACAUCCGACAACUGUGCAACCUCAUGGUCACCAAACUCAUCGUCAUCGACCCCGACGAGACGGCCCGCAGGCUGGACACCAUCGCCGAGGCGUACCGGGGCGUACUGUCCGUCAAGCUCAAGGAGAACGCGGUCAAGCAGGACAUUGAGAAGCAGGAGGAAGCCAACAAGAGCGUGCUGAGGGUGACGCUUUUGUUGGGAGACAAGAUGAAGGCCAGGACUGGAAAGGCGGGUGCGGCGACCAGUAAUGCCGGCGCCGCCGGGGUCUGGACCUCGUACUGGGAGUGGGUCAACAAGGAAUUCGACAAGCAGCUAAAGGGGCUGCGAGAGGAGACCAAAGAGCUACAGACCAGGAUGGUUUAA